AUGUUCUUCCCUCGUCUAAUCGGCCUCGUCGCCGCCUUCCCUAUCCUUGCGGCAGCUGUCGAUCUUACCGGCUAUGAGUACGUAGUCGUCGGUUCUGGAGCUGGUGGUGGUCCUCUGGCCGCCCGCCUUGCCCUCGCUGGUCACAAGACCCUUCUUAUCGAAGCCGGUGACGACCAGGGCGCAAACGCCAACUACACCGUUCCCGCUUUCAGCGCGAGGUCCUCGGAAGACGCCAACUUGAGCUGGAACUUCUUCGUCAAGCACUACGCUGAUGAGGAGAGGCAAGCUCGCGACUUCAAGACUACCUACGAGACACCCGAUGGUGGUGAGUACACUGGUCUUAACCCACCAGAGGGCUCUACCAUGAAGGGUACGCUAUACCCCCGCACUGGUACCCUUGGUGGCUGCACAGCGCAUAACGCUCUCAUCGCCGUCUACCCUCACCGGUCCGACUUUGACAAUGUUGCCACCAUCACUGGUGACGACUCCUGGUCAGCCGACAACAUGCGCAAGUACUUCACCAAGCUCGAGAAGAACCAAUACCUCCUUCCCGGCCAAAAGGGUCACGGUUACGAUGGCUGGCUAGGAACCGACUACGCCCCCAUCGACAUCGUCACCUCUGACCCCCAGCUUCUCAGCUUGGUCGGUGGUGCCGCUUUCGCUCUCAGCAACGCUACCAACGCCAUUGUCAACCUUGGUACCUUGGUCGCCGGUGAUGCCAACGCCGACACCGAGAGCCGUGACAAGCAGCCCGCUCUCUACCAGAUCCCUCUCUCUACCUCCGAUGGCAAGCGUGGCGGAUCCCGCGAGUUUGUCCUCGCUGUCCGUGACGCAAAGGCCGAUGAUGGCAGCAAGAAGUACCCUCUCGAUGUCAGGAUGAACUGCCACGUGACCAAGGUCACCUUUGACCAGGAUGUCACUCCUCCCCGCGCUACCGGUGUCGAGUUCCUCGACGGCCAGUACCUCUACAAGGCCAGCCCCAAGUCCACCGGUGCCAAGGGUGAGGCUGGUUCCGCCACUGCCUCCAAGGAAGUCAUCGUCGCAGGUGGAACCUACAACUCGCCCCAACUCCUCAAGCUGAGUGGUGUCGGCCCUGCCGAUGAGCUCUCCCAGUUCGACAUCCCCGUCGUUGUUGACCUCCCCGGUGUCGGAACCAACCUCCAGGACCACUACGAGAUCAACGUCCAAGGCAAGGCCCCCACCGACUUCUCCGCACUCAACGGCUGCACAUUCGGUAACAGUCAGCCCGACGCCUGCAUGGACCGCUGGGAGACCAGCGUCUUGGGUAACCGUGGUAUCUACGCUUCUCCCGGUCUCGGCGCAACCAUGUUCUACAAGUCCAGCGCAUCCGAGCGUGACGAGUACGACAUCUUUGCUUUCGGUGGCCCCGUCAACUUCCGUGGUUACUUCCCCAACUACGCUUACAAUGCCACUGCCGAGCACGACUGGUUCACCUGGGCCAUCCUCAAGGCUCACCCCCGCAACAACGCUGGUACCGUCAAGCUCGCAUCUGCCGACCCUCUUGACAUGCCUGACAUUGUUUACAACUACUUCGACACUGGUGCUGGCGACUACGACAAGGAUCUUACUGCCCUCACCGAGGCUGUUAACCUCGCCCGUGACUCUUUCAAGCGCCAGCUCAUCCCCAUCGAUGAGGUCCUUCCUGGCAAGGAUGUUGAUACCCCGGAGAAGAUUGCUCAGUACGCCAAGGAUGUUGCUUGGGGUCACCACGCUUCGUCUACCUGCCCCAUUGGUGCUGACGACGACAAGAUGGCGGUUCUCAACAGCAACUUCGAGGUGCGUGGUACUGCUGGAUUGAGGGUUGUUGACGCGUCUGUCUUCCCUAGGAUUCCGGGUACCUUCACUGCCAUGUCGACAUACAUGGUUGCUGAGAAGGCGGCGGAUGUUAUCUUGGCUGCUGCUGAGGCUUAG